AUUGAUAUAUGAAUCAUUUGAUCGUAAUUUAACUUUAUCUAAUGCAUUUUCAAAACAAUUUAUUAUCGAUUGUUUUCAAAUAUUAUUGAUAAAUGUAAGCAGUAGUGGCUACAGUAAAAUGUACAUGGUCGCUACGUUGACAGCAAACAUUUCACAGCUGUUUUUAUUUAUUUUUUUUGUUGAAGUAUAACUGGCAACUCGUAAAGCGAUUUAGUUAAUUUUCUAGAAUAAUUUUUUAACAAUAAACGUUUAAUGCGGCAUUCCUUCGAUCACUUUCCACGCAAGUAUUUAAAUUAAAAAAAAAAAAAUGAGCAAACACAUGUACUCAACGGUGAACCUCUCCGAUAAAGAGCUGAAAGAGCAAGGGAACCGCUUGUACAACCUCAGGAAGUACGACGAUGCGAUCAGUUGCUACAGUAAAGCAAUAAUAAAAAAUCCUGACGUAGCUCACUACUUCACUAAUCGAGCCCUGUGCUACCUUAAGUUGUUAAAGUGGGAUAAUGCUUGCAUUGAUUGCAGGAGAGCCCUGGAUAUGGAACCCAAUAUCAUCAAGGGACACUUUUUUUUAGGGCAGGCUUUAUGUGAAAUUGGCAAUUUAGAUGAGUCUAUUAAACAUCUGCAAAGGGCCCUGGAUUUAGCGAAAGAACAAAAAAUGAACUUUGGAGAUGACAUAGCGGCCCAACUAAGGGCAGCAAGGAAAAAACGGUUUUCUAUGCAAGAAGAAAAAAGGAUUUUACAGGAAAUCGAACUGCAAACCUACCUGAAUAGACUGAUAAGAGAAGACAAGGAGGCUCAGAUCAAUAAACUGAGAUUAGACGAAACGGAGAGCAACAACAGGAAGGAGAAAAUUGAAGAAAUCGAAAGCAAAUGUGAUUCCUAUUUAAAUGAAUUAAACUCCUUGUUUCAAAAAGUAGAUGAAAGAAGACGGAAACGAGAAGUACCAGAUUAUCUUUGUGGCAAAAUAAGUUUUGAAAUUUUACAAGAGCCCGUGAUCACCCCCAGCGGGAUAACGUACGAUAAAAGAGAUUUGGAAGAGCAUUUGCAACGUGUGGGACAUUUCGAUCCGGUUACAAGGGUAAAACUGACCACCGAUCAAUUGAUUCCUAAUUUUGCCAUGAAAGAAGUCGUCGAUGCAUUCUUAGCUGACAACGAAUGGGCUUUGGAUUAUUAGUAUUGGACAAGACAUGAACUUUUACUUCUCGAGGGAAAUAUUCACGUUUUUAUUGUAAAUAGAAUUUAAAAUUUGUUAUGUUACCUAGAUUUAAGGUGCCAUGGAUGAUGUUUUCUGUAAUUGGAUUGUUCUCUUUAUUAUCUUAAAUAUUAUAUGCAAUCUACUUUUUAAA